AUGAACAAUGUUUCGAGCGCAUCUCAUGGUUCCAAUUACAGAAGAAUGCAAGGGCCGCAACAGUCGAGGAGGUCUCGCUCAAAAGGUAGCAAAGCAGAGCAAUCCAAUAGGACCGACACCACCGGAACAUGGAAAAGCGAUCAAGCAAAACAAGACGAAGAUGAGAAUAGUGACGGAGGUGACCUGUGUGUGAUAUGUGCCGAGAAGAUAAAGUAUGUUGCACUGUCACCUUGUUCCCAUAAGACGUGUCAUGUCUGUGCAUUUAGACAACGUGCGCUCUAUGGUAAAAAGGCAUGUUUGGUCUGUAGAACAGAGAAUGAAAGUUUGAUUUUCACAGACAAGCUAGAUGCGGAGUACGAUGACAUCAAGGAUUUUGCUGUGAUAAAUGAGGAGUAUGGCAUAAAUUUUACGGCCAAUGAAAUUGCGAAGGCUACGUUGGACUUAUUAAAGUACACCUGCUCGAUAUGUGAUAGCGAGCGGAAAACUGACUUUGGUAGUUUUAAAAAAUUGAACGGGCACUUAAAGUCUGUCCAUAAUAAGGCCAUCUGCAUGAUUUGUGCAAAUAAUAACCAUGCAUUUCCGAGUGAACUAAAAAUUUACACUCAAAAUCAACUGCGUAAUCACCAAACGAAAGGUGACUCCGAAGGGUUCAAAGGGCAUCCUAUGUGCGCUUUCUGUCCUGGCCUGAGAUUUUAUUCAGAUGACGAGCUAUACGUGCAUAUGAGGAAUCAUCAUGAAAAAUGUCAUAUAUGUGAAAAAAUAGAUCCUACGUCACCCCAAUAUUUCAAAGACUACGAUCAACUUUUCGAGCAUUUCAAAAAUUGUCAUUACAUCUGUACUCAUCCUACAUGUUUAGAAAAUAAGUUCGUGGUUUUUAGAGAUGAAUUGGAACUACAGGCUCAUAUACUUAAAGAACAUGGAGAUAUGAUUAGAGGUAAACAAAGAUUGUUUCAAUCUGAACUUUCCACAUUUGUUUCAGCACCUUCAAGAGUUAUUUCGGAAAACAAUUAUUUCGACAACUCUUCUAAUUCGUCGUCAUCGUCUUCGAGAAAGAAUAAUUCCAAUGAAUCAGCAAAAGUGAAAAAAUUAAGGCUCAAAGAAAGGGCGAAAUUCUAUUUGACCAAUUCAUCGGAAAAGUACCAAAAAUUCGAAAAAUUGAACGAAGAUUUCGAUAGCGGUAAAAUAACAGCAAAAUUGUUGCUGCAUUCUUAUCAAGAUUUGUUCACUUCACCAGAAGCCGACAUGUAUUUGCUUAUUCAUAACCUUUCCGAAUUAUAUCAAACAAACUCCCAAAAAUUUAAGGAUCUUAAUGCGCUUUAUCAGAAUCAUGAACAGCAAGUUACAAGAAAGCAAGAAUUACCCACAUUGUCUAGAGAUACGUCAUCAUCAGUUUCACUUGUCAGUGGAGUGUGGAGUGCCAAUAAUAACACUGUUUCAACAAGUGGUAGAGGUAUCAAUACUGCAAAAUUACCUUCACUAUCAUCUUUACCAGCCCGCGACCCGUUUGCAUCACCUUUGAAAAGCGCCUCAUACAAAAACUUGAAUCAUACAAGGAAGAAAUCGCCUUCCCCAAUAACCCGAACUGCUUCUGACAACACUGUUAAUUUUACGCCAACUUAUCUAGACAAAAAAAAGAAUGUCACUUCCGCUCGUCCUUCAAACAAAAGUCAAAACAAAUUGGCAGCACUUGAUUUACCAACGUUGCCAACCCCAAAGCCCAAAGUAUAUAUACCGCCUUUGAACAGGCCCAACAUCCCGGAUCCUAAAAAAUGGGGCAAGCAACCAGUGCCGCAAGAGCUAACUGACGAUAUUACGAAUUUAUCACUCAGUUCAUCUUCAUCGAGUGGCAGAAAAAAAGGAAAACAAAAACAACUCCUUUUCCACAUUGGUAUUUAA